AUGUUCUCAUUUAUUCGCUUUAUUGCUAUCAUCACUCUUGCGCGCUGUGUCUGCACAGGCGUGCAGAAAAACCUUGAGAGUCCUUUUGGACUUACGUUCAGCCCAACUGCUAUUAUCGCUUCCAGAUUUAACGCCUCUGGAGCCGUCGAGGUGACUAGACAUCCAGUCAGUCCUGAGUACCAAGCAUACUACGACAAUGCAGUCCACGGAGAUGGGUCACCGAUCGGCACUCGCUACAUGAACAAUGCGACCGCCAUGCUCUAUCACGCCGUUGUUCCAGUUUCCGAGAGCUUGCGCAAGCAGCUAGGUCAUUCACCUGAAUAUAGAGCUCUCUUUUUACCUUCAGUGUUUGAUUAUAAUAUGUGGAAUGCUGCCAUUGAGGCCGUCGCUCCGAACAACCCCCUAGAUCGAUUUAUCAAGUUUGGCUCGUUCCAACAAGCUGCCUGCCACGGGUAUGGGUUUCUUCAAGGAGAGCAUCUUGGUCGAGCACCUGAAGAACAUAACAACGACGACGGCCCACCAAAUUUGAUCUUAUUCCUGGAGUACGAGAAAGACUAUCUUUUUGCCUGGCUCCUAGAAGUGGCCUUCGAAUAUGGAACGUUCCCUGUCGCUCAUCAGAAAAUUUGCAAGGAGUGUGGAGAUAGGUUCCGCGAGAAUAAUGGCAUACAAGCACACGAAAAACGAGUAAGCGCAUUCCUCGACAGUUUGAUCCAGGAGGCUUUGCAGAUAUACGAACGCGAUAGCAUCCGAGCGAUCGUAAUUGCUGGCGAAGCAUCCUCGCUGGGGAUUACCAAUCUUAGCAUCAUGGCAUACAGGGCGGUAGGAACGCAAAUGGUAAGCGUGAUGACAGAAAUCGCCCCAACAGAUGUGGUAGCACAUGGCGCUGCUGUAUGGGCGCGGCUGGUACAACAGUUCCCAGAUAAUUUUGUUACAGAAUCUGGAAACAAGAUUGUAGAGCACGAUGAGCUGUAA